UUUCUCCCGUUCAAGCCAGGAGCAUUUUGUCUUCCGUGAGCCAAACCGGGGUCACAGACACCCGCAAAAAGCUUGAAACCUCGUCUUCGUUUGGCAGCAGGGCACACACUGAAAAAACUACGAGAUCUAACAUGACUUGGUGGAUUGUUUGGCUGUAACCCUGCCUACACCAGAGGCUGCUGCUGGUAGGGAUGGUGCCGCUGUGAAGAACCAGUGUGCCGUUUCAGAGUGGAACGGGGGGACGACAUGCCUGUUGUGGGGAGUAAAGGGAGGAAGUGCCCAGACAACAUGGCUGUUUUCAGCCCGGAAAAUGUUGAGGAUUUUUACGAGAUUGGAGACGAAUUGGGGAGCGGCCAGUUUGCUGUGGUCAGACGAUGUCGGCAGAGGAGUACAGGUGUGGAGUACGCUGCCAAAUUCAUCAAGAAACGUCGCAGCAAGUCGAGUCGACGGGGGGUGACGAGGGAGGAUAUCGAGCGUGAGGUGAACAUCCUGAAAGAGAUCCAGCAUCCCAACAUCAUCACCCUCCAGGAGGUCUUUGAGAACAAGGCUGAGGUCAUCCUGAUCCUAGAGCUUGUGGCCGGCGGAGAACUCUUUGACUUCCUGGCAGAGAAGGAGUCGCUGAGCGAGGAAGAAGCCACUCAGUUCCUCAAGCAGAUCUUGGACGGAGUCUUCUACCUGCAUUCCAAACAAAUUGCUCACUUUGACCUUAAGCCGGAGAACAUCAUGCUGCUGAACCGCUCAGUGCCUCACCCGCGCAUCAAGCUCAUUGAUUUUGGUCUAGCACACAAGAUGGAUUUUGGCAACGAUUUUAAAAAUAUUUUUGGAACUCCAGAAUUUGUAGCUCCAGAAGUAGUCAACUAUGAACCUUUGGGCCUGGAGGCAGACAUGUGGAGUGUUGGUGUGAUCACUUACAUUCUUCUGAGCGGUGCAUCUCCCUUUCUGGGCGACAACAAGCAGGAGACUCUGGCCAACGUGUCUGCCGUGGAUUAUACGUUUGACGAGGAGUUCUUCAGCAGCACCAGCAUCUUGGCCAAAGACUUUAUAGCGAGGCUUCUUGUCAAAGAUCCAAAAAAGAGAAUGACGAUUCAGGACAGCCUCCAGCAUCCCUGGAUCAAGCCAAAAGAUACUCAACAAGCACUCAGCAGAAAGGAGUCGGCUGUCAACAUGGAGAAGUUCAAGAAGUUUGCAGCUCGAAGAAAAUGGAAACAAUCCGUCCGACUUAUCUCCUUAUGCAACCGCCUGUCCCGCUCCUUCCUGUCCAGAAGCAACAUAAGUGUGGCACGCAGUGAUGACACGCUGGAUGAGGAAGACUCCUUUGUGAUGAAGGCCAUCAUCCAUGCCAUAAAUGACGACAACGUGCCCGGCCUGCAGCAUCUGCUCGGCUCCUUGAACAGCUACGACGUCAACCAGCCAAACAAGCAUGGGACUCCUCCCCUCCUGAUUGCAGCCGGCUGUGGCAACGUUCAGAUCAUUGAGGUGCUGAUGAGGAAAGGUGCAGAGAUCCAGGCCCAUGACAAGAGUGGAGCCAACGCUAUCUACUACGCAGCAAGACACGGCCAUGUAGAGACCCUGAAAUUCCUCCAUGAAAAGAAAUGUCCUCUAGAUGUCCAAGAUAAGUCCGGAGAAACAGCUCUUCAUGUGGCGGCUCGCUAUGGCAACGUGGAUGUGAUACGCUACUUAUGCAGCAUCCGGGCCAACCCUGACCUCGCUGACAGGGAGCAGGAGACACCACUGCAUUGCGCUGCAUGGCACGGAUACUCAGCAGUGGCCCGAGCACUGUGCCAGGCGGGCUGCCAUGUGGACGCAAAGAAUCGCGAGGGGGAAAGUCCACUGCUGACGGCAUCUGCUCGAGGCUUUGUGGACAUCGUUGAGUGUCUGGUGGAGCACAAGUCUGAUCUAGAGGCAACUGACAAGGACGGCCACACAGCCCUCCACCUGGCCGUACGAAGGUGUCAGGUUGAAGUUGUUCGCUGCCUCAUCAGACACCACUGCCACCUGGAUCAGCAGGAUCGUCAUGGCAACACACCACUGCACAUAGCCUGUAAGGACGGAAAUCUGCCAGUCGUCACUGCGAUCUGUAGUGCCAAAGCUAGCCUUGAUCUGCCCAACAAGUAUGGCAGAACUCCUCUCCACCUGGCUGCAAACAACGGGAGCCUUGAGGUUGUCCGUCAUCUCUGCCUGACAGGAGCCAAUAUUGAUGCUGUCACCAACGAUGGAAAGACUGCAGAGGAUUUGGCGUAUAAGGAUCAACAUGAACCCAUAGUUUCUCUGUUGGGCAAGCUUAAAAAGGACAACCACAAACUGAGCUACAUCCAGCAGCUGCGGCCCACUCAGAUGGUCCAGUCCAGGAUCAAGCUGAAGCUGUUCGGACACUCGGGAUCAGGGAAGAGCAUGCUGCUGGAGUCUCUGAAAUGUGGCAUCCUGCGCAGCUUCUUCAGGAGGAAACGAACACGCAUGACCAACACGGCCCGCCAUCCCAACUCCCCCGUCAGUUCCAAACCUGCUGUGUCGGUGAGCAUAUCCAACCUGUACCCGGGCUGUGAGAACGUGAGUGUGCGCAGUCGCAGCAUGAUGUUUGAGCCGAGCCUGACCAAAGGAGUGUUGGAGGUCUUCUCCCCCGUCCACAACGCUCUGUCCGCAGCAGAUGAACAGGCCACAAAGGCCAUCGACAUCCAGCACGCCAACAUCAACGGUGUUGGCGAUUUCAGCGUGUGGGAGUUUUCAGGGAACCCAGUCUAUUACUGCACCUAUGACUACUUUGCAGCCAAUGAUGCCACAGCGAUCCAUUUGGUUCUGUUCAGUCUGGAGGAGCCGUAUGAGACCCAACUGAGCCACAUCACCUACUGGCUGAACCUGCUAAAGGCCAUGAUGCUGCCACAGGACAACAUCGCGUUUGGAGGUCGGAUCCAGCAGCCUCUUGAAGUUGUUCUGGUGGCGACUCACGCUGACCUAGCUGAUGUCCCCAGAGCUUUCUCUGGAGAGUUCUGCUACGACAAAGAGAAAGCUCUGCUCAAAGAAGUUAGGAACAGGUUUGGUGUCGACCUGCACAUCAGUGAAAAAUUGUUUGUGACGGAUGCUGGAGCCUCAAACUCCAGAGACGUGAAGCUGCUGAGGACUCACCUGCAGGAACUACGCACCAACAUCAUCUCUAGUUGUAUUCCCAUGACAUUGCUGUCGGAACGUUUGCUGACCACCCUGCCGACCUGGAGGAAGAUGAGCGGUCCCAACCAGCUGACGUCAUGGCAACAGUUUGUCAGCGACGUUCAGGAGCACAUCAACCCUUUGGUCAGCCAGGAUCACCUGCGCACACUGGCCCUGCAGCUGCACAGCAUGGGGGAGAUCAACAUCAUGCAGAGUGAGACGGUGCAGGAUGUUGUUCUUCUUGAACCUCGCUGGCUCUGCAGCAACGUGCUCGGCAAGCUGCUCUCUGUGGAGACACCCAAAGCCAUCCACCACUACAGGGGGCGCUACAGGCUGGAGGAAAUCCAAGCUCUGGCUCCUGAAAGCGAUGUGGACGAGCUGCUGCAGAUCCUGGAUGCCAUGGAUGUCUGUUCCCGUGACGCCACCAACCCCUCCAUGGUGGAUGUUCCCGCCCUCAUCAAGACCAACGGCCUCCACCGCUCUUGGACCGAAGAGGAGGAGGAGGAGUCUCUGCUCUAUGGGGGGGUUCGACUGGUCCCUGCAGAGCACCUUACACCCUUCCCCUGUGGCCUAUUUCACAAACUGCAGGUGAAUUUGUGUCGCUGGAGCCACCAGCAGAAGCCCGAGGAGGAGGGUGGGGAGGAUUUCGAUGGAGAUAUCCACCUGUGGACCAACGGAGCCAAGGUGACAGGGGGAGUGGAGGCCAUGAUCCUGCUGGUCAAUCAUGGGCAGGGUUUGGAGAUUCAGGUGCGUGGGCACGAAUCAGAGCGGGCAAAGUGCUACACUCUGCUGGACACCAUCUGCAGUAUCACAGAGAACCUGCUGGCCUCCACCCUGCCUGGACUGCUCACGGCCAAAUAUUACCUGAGUCCUCAGCAGCUGAGGGAGCACCAUGCCCCCAUCAUGAUCUACCAGCCCAAAGACUUCUUCAGAGCACAGGUACAGAGAGAAACCUCGCUCACCAACACCAUGGGCGGAUAUCGUGAGAGCUUUAGUAGCAUCCUGGCUUUUGGCUGUGCCGAAGUUUACCAGCAGGGUAUUCUUGGAACGGACAUCCACAUUUCAGAUGUCCCCCUUCUGGCUCGCAGGAAGCUUUGCCGCAUGCUGGACCCUCCUGAUGCUCUCGGCAAAGACUGGUGCCUGCUCGCCAUGAACCUCGGCCUCACAGACUUGGUGGCCAAACACAGCAAUGGAACUGUAAAUGGCGCCCUUGAGCUGGAUUCUGAGCCGGAUUCUCAGCAGGCCUUGUUGCAGCCCAGCCCCACGGCAGCUCUGCUGCAGGAGUGGAGCGGGCGAGCGGACAGCACAGUGGGUGUGUUGAUGGCCAAGCUGAGGGAGCUUGGCCGCAGAGACGCUGCCGACUUCCUGCUUAAAGCCUCACCUGUUUUCAGGGUCAAUAUGGAGGCGGUGGGCGGGGCCGCUAAUGGCUACCCACCCAUCAGCAACGGUGGAACAUCGUACAACUCCAUCAGUUCUGUCAUUUCCCGCUGAACCAAUCAGGGUCGGCUUCCUGCCAAAUGUCAAAUAUUCUGAGAAGACGUUUUCCUGAAAACAGAACUGACACAAGACGUUUGUGUUAGUGAUCAUGAAGUGCAAUCCUUACCAGAGUCCAGCUGCUCGUUCUUCAAUGCUAUAUUAAGUUGGCGUGUGAACCAGAUGUCGUGUUUGUACUCUCCACAUCUGUACAUCUGACUUUCCUUCCUCUAUGAAUGUUGUGAAAGAGCUGAUUGUCCUGAGCUCCAAAGAGGAAUCUAGUGCUUUUAUUUUGUUCUUAAUCUUGUGCUGCUUUUUAAUAUCCCUCCUGAUCUACUGCACAUCGGAGUCUCACUCUUACAGCAAUUGACAGAACCAUUACAUUUUUAAAUGAAUAGAAACAUAAAAAAAAAAAAGCUGGCAAGUUUUGACACAUCCAUCCUCAAGCAAAAAAAAAAAAAUGGAGGAAUAGUUUAUAUCCAUGACCAUACUAGGCUUACCCUAUUCCAUCCACACAGUUACAUCAAAUCUGAUCCCCAUUGUUGCUUCUGUGUUACUGAGGUGAGUUUUGGCUGUUCAGCUUAGUGUUUAAUGGAUUAACAGCAUUUUUUCAGAGUGCCUUUGUGGCUGUCUACCUCCCUGAAGAGCACAAAUAGUCUUGUUAUUAAAAACAGUCCUUUGUAAAAAAAAAAAGAAAAAAAAAAAGGAAAUAUUUUGAAGAACUGUGCCUUGUUGACACUAAUAGUAAAAUAAAUUCAAUCAUUUCUAUUGAGAUACGGCCAUGUUACAUUUUCGGCAGAAAAAGUGAAUGAAGUAAGAGCAUGAGAAAUAAAAAAGAAAAGAAAGCUCUGCUCUUGUUACAGGGUUUGUUUAACACAAAGGUGAAAUCAGAGGAGAGUUCUGCUUUGUUGUGUUUAGUGUUUGGGAGAUAAAACAUGUUGAACAUGUUGAAUCUGUCUCAUAUUACAGUCAGUGAGGAGUUGAUUUCAUGCUUUGUGGGAGUUGUAGGCAGAGUCAAAGGGAAACAAUAUCAUGUUUGAUCCAUGUGUGGGUUGAUACAGAUUAUUAAUCCCACAACAGUAAUCUUAUAACUGAUUCUUUUUGGUGACAAAGUAUUUUAAGGGUCCUAUAUUGUCUGAACUGUCUCGACUUUUCCUGAUGAGAAUUAUGUAAUUUGGUAAACAUUAUAGAUCCUUAAACAAGCUGCUAAAACAUUAGACAGAAAAAAAGUGAAACUUUUCACACUGUGUAUCUGAGUGAUAGUGUCUCUAGGUCACAAUACCUAUAUAAUUAUGUUCUUUCUAACAUCAUUUUUAUAUUUGCAAUGGAUCCAAAGAUUUUGUGAAAUUGUUCUGGCGUCAAAGGGGAAGAAAAUGAUGUGAAUUCUGCAGCUCAGCAGAGACGUGUAGUCUGUUUGGUAGGAUUGAUUUGUCAUUGUUGUUAUGUUUUUGUUUUUUUAUCCACUACUCUGGCAUGAGAUUGCUUAGUUGGUAAGUUAAUGAACAGGGAACAUGGUGAAAUCGUGCCCAGUAAAACAGCUCAAAAUAUUUGCAAUUUCACCAAAUCACUUUAUAAAGUUGAUGACAUUCCAGUGUUGUUUUCAGCUUGUUCUGCUACCACCAUGUGGCCAAAAAAACAAACAAUUAAAUCAGAUUAAAAUGUUUGUAAGAUAACCCCUUUGAACAAUAGUUGUGUCUCAAUUAUAUGUUUUCUUGAUUAAUUUGUUUUGUCUAAAAAAUAACAGAAAAUUGUGGAAAAAUGCCACAAAGCCCAAGUUGUCUGGUUGGUCUGGUCUGACUAACUAUCCAACGAUGAAAACAGUUCCAUUACAAUCCAGUGAUUAAUUGGCUACUCUGAUUAAACUGUGUCACCUUUAAUACAAGUUAGAUUGUAUAAUAGUGUGUUAAGAGUUACUAUAAAAUAAAUGAAUGUACUUUAUCAUUUAAUAGGAAAUGAGAAAAUGUACCUCAUUUUUGUUGUAACUUAUCCAAACAGAACCUGCUUGGGAUCAGUAGAGUAAAUAGAUAGACCCUGACUCUUUAGUUUACCAUAACUAUUACCAAAUUACAAGAUUGCUCUUUCCAGGAACCUCCAAAACAGUUUAGGUCUUGUAGGACUUGUAGCACGAUUUGUUUCUUUGAAUAUUUACACUGAAAUGUCCAUUAACUCAUAUUGACUUCUCACAAAGGGACCAUAAGCCAUUUUAGAACAUGUGUUUUCCCCAAUGUACUGUGUCUUAUUGGAAGAUGUUCAUCCUUGCAGCACCAUCUAAUAUUUGCUGAAAACAAAACUCAGAGUGUCUAAUGUUAGAAAUCCUAAAGGCACACGGGUUGGAAUUACAGGGUCCAACGUAGAGCUCCAUUUGUGCACUCAUACUGAACACUUUGAAUAGAAAAUGCCACCAAAUAUGACAAGUAAACCAGUACAUGUUUUACACUUCCUAUCAGGCUAAAAAGUAAUUUAUAUUAAGACCUACUCUGCACAUUUUAAUGCUUUCUCAACCCGUUUUUUUUUUUCUGUAUUAGCAACCGUCCACGGUGCCUGAUUUCCAAACAGUGACGUUGAUGCCGCUUCUGUCGAGCUUCAAUUUAGCUUACCGUGCUGAGUCGUUGGUUGACUUUGCGUGGCUUCACAUCUUCUUUCAGUUUGUCUUUCUUUGAGUCUUCUUUAAGCUGAAACACGACUCAGUCAGCAAAAAGCAGGAAUAUGGACGGCAUUAAGUUUGGAAGUAUUUUUAACAAAACAAAUGCCAAAGGCUGCUGAAGACACAAAUAUCCCAGAAAAAAUCCCUUUGUGUGUUAAUUGAUACUUUAUAUGUUUGUGAACCAUGAAAAUGUUUCUUUUGAAAACAUGUCUUCUAAAAAAAAGAGUCUUAUCUCUUUAAUGUAUACCAUGUUCCAGGACAGUGUCACAGUUUGAUCAUAAAAGAUGACCUCUUUACCAGUAUUUCCUUUCUGCUUUACUUCCCCCAGUGUUACUGUCUGUUCACACAGAUAAAAGGAGACUUUUUAUUUAAAAAAAACAAGACUUCUCUCACUAUUUUUGUCCCAGCCUGAAGUCGCCAAAUGACACAGCAAACUUCCAGCUGUGAUGUAAAUACUUCAUGCCUGUUUCUUCAACUUCACCUUAUAUUUUUCUGUUUGUUUUCAACUCGCUUGAAGCUUCUUCUUUUUUUGUUACCUGAAUAUGUUCCCCAACCAGGCAAAAUGAAUGUGCUACACAUCGCUCCUGAUAAUAUGUAAACAUGUUCAAAGAAAUCUAACAUCACGGUGGUAAAAACAUGUGUACAGCAAUGUUAUGUGUCUCCAAACUGAUCACUAAAAUAUUAUAUUUUUCUUGUUUAGUUGAAGCCUUUUGUUAAAGAUGUGUAUAAAAAACUUUGCCAAUGUUCGUGUCUUUUAAGUACACUGUGUACAGAACACAAACUUUAAGAAAGAAGGUCAAGAAAGGGAAGUGAAUAAUCUCUUGUUUCAGAAAAAGAGUCAAAUCUGGGAAUCAUUCUACUAUUAUUGACUCCGUCUCUGUUUGGUGUCUGUUUUUUCCUUGGAUUGUUCUGAUCUGCGAGUACGACGAAAACAUGUCGAUUAUGAAGGUGUUCUUAAAAACAUUUGUGUGUUUGAAAAGGAAAAUUUGAUGAACUCAAUAUUAGUCGAGUAAAUGUCCCCCUUUGGAGACUCUGAUCCAGACGCUGCAUUGCACAGGUCUUUUUGUCGCUAUUUAUGUUACAUUAUUUCAGCAUGUCUUGGAAUGCCAUGUUCUUAGUACUUCUGACACUUUAUAGUGUAAAACAUUUUAUAAUAAAUUCUUUACCUAA